AUGUGUGCAAGAAAUAGAGGGCAUAAAUUUGUUGAUAGAGUUUACAAGGAAAUGAUGAAAGCUGGAGUCUAUCCAAGCCAUGAUACGUUUAAUAUGUUGAUUAGCGCUUAUGGUAGUUGUGGAUUAAUCAACCGUGCUUUGGCAACAUAUAGUGCAAUGUUGGAAGAGGGAAUUUCUCCCAAUCUUUUGACUUACAAUACCAUUUCAAAUGCAAUCUCUAGAAAAGCACACUGGAAGGAGGCAGAGGCUGUUCUAAAAGAUAUGAAUGAAAAAGGUUAUAAACCAAAUGCAGAUGCUUAUGCCUCAUUAUUGCAUGCUUAUGCAAAUGGUUAUAAUUUAGAGCAAUUGAACACCCUAGAAAGAGAUAUACAAGAACGAAUCAUUCAUCCCAGUUGGGUACUCUUAAAAUCAGUUGUGCAGCAGAAGAUCUGUAAAGUUUAUUCUUUUCCAAGGAGAAAUUGUGGGCCACUUAUUCAGCUUUUUUUUGGUACCAAAAAAAGAACGCUUUUGGAGAAAAAUCUAAUGAAUACGAUUGACUGGUUAUUACACUAG